GUGACAGUGGCGCGGCUGCGGCCUGUCAGCGAGUGCAUGCCGUCCUCUGGCUGCCUACACCCAGGGCCUGCAGCAAACCAGCUGACUCAGCAGUGGAUGCUCCGCGACUGCUAGUGGACUACAGGUGGUGGCGUUGCCGAAGGCGCCGACAUGGCGGGUGGCCUGAGGCACAGUCUGAGGCUGCUGCCGUGGUUGGUGGUGGUGGCGGCCAGCUGCCUCCUGGGCGCGCACGCCAGCAACAACCCGACCUACAGUGUCCGCAUCGCCGGCAUCUUCGAGGAGACUGACCCGCCGGCGCUGCAGCACGCCUUCCUUUCGGCGGUGGAGGCGGUCAACCGCCAGACGACGAUGGAGUUCGUGCUGGGCAACGCCGGCCACCGCCCGCUGCUGCGCUCGCACGUCGAGGUGCUCAACGCGGCCGACAGCUACAGCGCCAAGCGCAGGGCCUGCAGCCUGGUGGAGGAGGGCGUGGCGGGCGUGGUGGGUCCCCGGCAGAGCGCCUCCACGGACGUGGUGCGCUCCAUGUGCGACCGGCUGGAGAUCCCGCAAAUCAUCGUCAACUGGGACCCCUACCCGCCGCCCAUCGCCUCCUACCAGUUCAACCUGCAUCCGCAUGCUGACUUCAUCUCACAGGCGCUGGUGGACGUGCUGCACGAGCUGAAGUGGCGCUCCUACACGGUGCUGUUCCAGAACGACGAGUCGCUGGUGCGCCUGCGCGGCGUGCUGCAGGAGCGCGAGCCUCGCGACCCGCCCAUCGCCGUGCGCCAGCUCGACGAAGACGGCGACAACAGGCCGCUGCUGAAGGAGAUCAAGCAGGCGGCUGAGUCGCGGCUGGUGCUGGACUGCGACACGGACCUCAUCAUGCCCGUGCUGCGCCAGGCCGCCGACAUCAAGCUGACCGAGGUUUACCAGUCCUACCUGCUCACCUCCCUGGACGCCCAUACAAUGGACUUCACGCAGUUCCGCCUCAGUGGCACCAACAUUACCAUCUUGAGGCUCAUCCAGCCGGAAAGCGAAGCGGUUAUGAAGACGAUGCAGGAUUUCGAGUACCCAGGAACUGAAGUGGCCGAUACGAUAACACCGCAGACGAUACGGACGGAGACGGCGCUGAUGUACGACGCGGUGCGUGUGCUGGCGGAGGCGCUGUUCAAGACGAGCACCAUGAACUGGGUGCAGGAGCAGCCGCUCAAUUGCUCGGACGACACCGCCGUCUGGGACCGCGGCGUCAGUGUCCGCGAGUUCAUCAAAGACAUGCGGCACGAAGGCAUUUCUGGAGAAAUUAAGUUCGAUGCGAGAGGUCGGCGAAUGGGCUUCGAGCUGGAGGUGCUGGAGCUGUCAGCGGCUGGCUUCAAGAGGGUCGGCACCUGGACGCCGGAGGAGGGCUUCCUGGGUACCAGGACGGAGACGCAGACGCUGGAGGACACGCAGAACAUCAUCCAGGGCCGGCACCUCAUCGUCUCCUCCAGACUGGGCCCGCCGUACCUGAGGGAGAAGCCGCCGACCAGCCCCCCGCGUGUCGGCAACGACCGGUACGAGGGCUACUCGAUAGACCUGAUUGCGCAGAUCGCCGAGAUUCUCAACUUCACGUUCGAGUUCAAGCUGGCGCCCGACGGAAACUACGGCAGCAAAGACGAGAAGACGGGAAACUGGAACGGCCUCGUCGGCGAGCUGAUGGCAGGGAGAGCAGACCUGGCUAUCUGCGACCUGACCAUCACCCAAGAGAGACAGUCUGCUGUGGACUUCACGAUGCCUUUCAUGACCCUUGGAAUAAGCAUUCUCUACAAGCAACCAGAAAAGGCCGAUCCUAAUCUGUUUUCCUUCCUGGAUCCUUUCACGAUAGACGUUUGGAUCUACAUGGCAACAGCGUAUCUUGGAGUCUCUGUUAUAUUCUUCAUAUUGGCAAGGAUGGCUCCUGGUGAGUGGGACAAGAGCCACCCUUGCGAUCCAGACCCCACGGAGCUGGAGAACACAUUCAACAUGAUCAACAUCUUUUGGUUCUCCACUGGUUCACUUAUGGGCCAAGGAUGUGAUCUUCUGCCCAAGGCUGUGUCGACGAGGUUGAUAGCGGGGAUGUGGUGGUUCUUCACUCUCAUCAUGAUCGCCUCUUACACGGCCAACCUGGCGGCGUUCCUCACCAACAGUAAGCUGGACGCACCGAUCGAGGGCGUCGAAGACCUGGCCAAACAGACCAAGAUCAAGUACGGCACCUAUGGUGGCGGUUCAACCGCAGGCUUUUUCAAGAAUUCCAACGAUUCCCUGUACCAGCGGAUGUGGCUAGUGAUGAAGCAAGCGCGACCCGACGUGUUCACCGCGGACAACCAGGAGGGCGUGGAGCGAGUGAAGAAAGAAAAGGGCAACUACGCCUUCUUCAUGGAGUCCACCAGCAUCGAGUACCAGACAGCGCUCAACUGCGACCUGCGCAAAGUUGGCGGACUGCUCGACUCCAAAGGCUACGGCAUAGCGCUGCCCAGAGACUCGCCGUUCCGGACAGCGGUGAGCGGUGCUGUGCUGCAGCUGCAGGAGCGCGGCAACCUGAGCGCGCUCAAGACGCGCUGGUGGAAAGCGCCCGAGGGCAAGGAGUGCCCCUCUGACGUGAACACGGUCGACAGCGCGGAGCUGGGCAUCCUCAACGUGGGCGGCGUCUUCCUCGUGCUCGCCUUCGGAACGCUGGGGGCCUUCUUCGUCGCCAUCCUGGAGCUGCUGUGGAACUGCCGUAAGAUCGCCGUCGAGGAGAAGAUAACACCUUGGGAAGCACUGACAUCUGAGUUGAAGUUCGUGGUGCAAUGCAGCAACGACGAGAAACCCGUCCGCAAGCCACCGGACCCCGAGGGAGACAAGGACGAGGAAGCCUCACACCUUCACUACGGCAGGCUGUCUGCAGACAAGUAACCAGCUCUCGAGUUGCAGCAACCCCUUACAGAAGCAUGCUGUGCAUGCAGCUGGACUGAUUGCGCUGAUACAGUGUUGUGUCUUCAGGUUCUACCUUUACCUACAGACUUUCACAAUAAUUGUAUCUUGUGGCGCAUGUGAGAUACUGAAAAAUAAAUCUAUUGUUGGUGUUUCAACUUUAUCAUCUUA